AUGUUGUCUUCCUUGGCGCUUUCGGUGCCAUUCCUGUUGGCUGGUUUGCACGCCACAGUCAAUGCCGUCCCGACGAUUUCGGCUGUCGGGUCCAAAUUCUUCUAUGAGAAUGGCACUCAGUUUUACAUCAAGGGUAUUGCUUAUCAGCUGACACCCUCGGACCCAUUGGUUGACACGGCGCAAUGCAAGCGCGACAUCGCCCGCAUGGCCGAGCUGGGCACCAACUCCAUCCGGGUGUACCAUGUUGAUCCCAGUGCCAACCACAAGGGUUGCAUGACUGCUCUGGCCGAUGCCGGGAUCUACCUCUGGGUUGAUCUGGACACUUUCACGACGCAGAUCGAGCAGACCGCGCCCCACUGGAACCAGACCCAGUUUGAUCGCUUCAAGGAUGUUCUUGAUGAAUUCCAAAAGUACGAGAACACCGCUGGUGUCCUGGUUGGAAAUGAGGUCCUCACCACCGCGGAGGGUUCCGCGGCUGCUCCGUACGUCUUGGCCGCUGCCCGCGACGUGAAGGCAUACCGUGACCAGAAGGGAUAUCGCGAGAUCCCCGUUGGUUACUCUGCUGCUGACAUUGCCGAUCUGAGACCCAUGCUUCAGAACUACCUCGGCUGCUCUCAGAAUGCUUCAGAGCGGUUGGAUUUCUACUCGCUCAAUGCCUAUGAGUGGUGUGGUGACUCCAGCUACUCGCAGUCCGGCUACGACAUGCUGCAGAAGAAUGCCACGGACUACCCCAUUCCUAUCUUCUUCUCCGAGACCGGGUGCAACACUCCCAAGCCUCGUACUUUCGAUGACCAGUCUGCGAUCUUUGGUGACAAGAUGGCCGAUACUUGGUCUGGAUCUAUCAUCUACGAGUGGCUUGAAGAGACCAACGACUACGGCUUGGUCAGCUACGGCCCCAGUGUCAAGGCUGCUACCGCCACUGCCACCUUUAUCGAGGAUGGUUUCACCCGUCAGGGUACCCCGACCCCGGUGUCGCCGGACUUUGACAACCUGAAGUCGCAAUGGGCCACUUUGAACCCGACUGGUGUUGCCCUCUCUGAUUACAAGAAGUCAGCCACUGGCCUGUCUAUUGAGUGCCCUGCCUCGACCUCUGGUGGCUGGGACGUGGACCCCAGCUCUCCCCUUCCCACUCUCGGCCAGACCUACAAGAAGGGCUCCGGUUCCAGCGCCACAACCACUGGUGGCAGUGGUGCUAGCGGCACUGGGUCGGCUGCUACUGCCUCGUCGACCAAGGAGGGUGCUGCUUUUGCAGUGACCGCCAGUUCCCCCAUGACUGAGCGCCUCCUCACUGGCUCCAUUGUCCUCUCCGGCAUGCUCGGUGCUCUUGCCUUUUGGCUGUGA